AGCAUCCUCAAAGAACCAAAACCUAGACGAUCCAUUCCAACCAUUCGAAGUCCAUUCCAAUCUCUCUGCGUAUCCCUGUUUUUUCGCACUUCACAAUAAAACCCAACGAUGGCCGCCAUCAAUCUCUCUCCUCUCUCAUCCUCCCUUGACAAAUCUUACUAUCUCUCUAUAAACCCAUCUCCAAAACCCUUCUCUCUCUACCCAAAAACCCUUCCAAAACCCUCCUGCCCUCGCAACCCUUCUUUUUCACAGACCCACAAAACCCUCUUCACGGUCUCCUCCAAAAACCCCAUUUCUGACAUUGUCUCCGCAUAUAAACCCGACUCAGAUCACCAUUCUUUGAGUUUUGAUGAUGACGAUAAGCCCCGAGAAGAGUGCGGCGUCGUCGGCAUAUACGGCGACCCAGAAGCCUCCCGUCUCUGCUACCUCGCACUCCACGCUCUUCAACACCGUGGCCAAGAAGGUGCCGGGAUCGUCACCGUCCACGACGACGUCCUCCAAUCGAUCACCGGCGUCGGACUCGUAUCCGAGGUCUUCAACGAGUCCAAGCUCGAUCAACUACCCGGCAACAUCUCAAUCGGGCAUGUCCGGUAUUCCACUGCCGGAGCCUCCAUGCUCAAGAACGUCCAGCCCUUUGUGGCCGGGUACAGAUUCGGGUCAAUUGGUGUCGCCCACAAUGGCAAUUUGGUGAAUUAUCAAGCCCUUCGCGCAAUGCUGGAAGAAAGUGGGUCAAUUUUCAAUACUAGCUCUGAUACAGAGGUGGUACUCCACCUCAUCGCGAUUUCGAAGGCUCGGCCUUUCUUUUUGAGGAUUGUGGAGGCGUGUGAGCAGCUCGAGGGGGCUUAUUCAAUGGUGUUUUUGACAGAAGACAAGUUGGUUGCUGUUCGAGACCCGUUCGGGUUUAGGCCAUUAGUGAUGGGCAGGAGAAGCAAUGGAGCUAUAGUGUUUGCCUCGGAGACUUGUGCAUUGGACCUAAUUGAGGCCACAUACGAGAGAGAGGUGUAUCCUGGUGAGAUAUUGAUUGUGGACAAAAAUGAGGUUCAAUCACUCUGUUUGAUGCCCCAUCCCGAACCCAAAGCUUGUAUCUUUGAGCACAUAUACUUUGCCCUGCCAAGUUCAAUUGUUUUCGGAAGAUCAGUGUAUAAAUCGCGCCACGAAUUUGGUGAAAUACUUGCAACCGAGGCACCGGUUGAUUGUGACGUUGUUAUAGCUGUGCCGGAUUCCGGUGUGGUGGCUGCACUUGGUUAUGCUGCCAAAUCAGGGGUGCCAUUUCAGCAGGGGCUGAUUAGGUCACAUUAUGUGGGUAGGACUUUUAUUGAGCCAUCACAGAAGAUUAGGGACUUUGGGGUGAAGCUGAAGCUCUCACCGGUCCGAGCUGUUUUGGAAGGGAAGAGGGUUGUGGUGGUUGAUGACUCGAUUGUGAGAGGAACCACCUCUUCAAAGAUUGUUAGGUUGAUCAAGGAGGCUGGGGCUAAAGAAGUUCACAUGAGGAUAGCAAGUCCUCCCAUUAUUGGUUCAUGUUAUUAUGGAGUGGACACACCUAGCUCUGAGGAGUUGAUUUCGAAUAGGAUGAGUGUGGAGGAGAUUAGAGAGUUCAUUGGGUCGGAUUCGCUCGCCUUUCUGCCAUUGGAGAGCUUGAAGGAUUCGUUGGAUGAAGAUCAUCCCAACUAUUGUUAUGCUUGCUUUUCUGGGAAGUACCCAGUUGAGCCAAAUGGGAAAGUGAAACGGAUCGGCGAUUUUGUGGAUGAUGGGUUGAAUGGAAGCAUUCAAUCCAUUGAAGGGGGAUGGAUUCAAGGAACUAGAACUAGAAAUAAUUCAGUACAUAACGAGGAGGACGAGAAGAAGGGAGUUUCACUAUAGUCGUCAUGUUAUGGUGUCUUUAGCUGUUAUAGCAUAGGUGCUUUUUUUGUGAUGCAGCAACUGGUGAGUGACUAAUGUUUUCGAUGACAUUUUCUUAAGAUAAUAUAUAUUGUUGUGUUAAAGUUGAAUUACUAGUAAUAAAAUUUUGUCUUUUGCAUUUGAGUGCUUUGGUAGCAUCUCUGGUGUU